AUGUCCGUCAAACUAAACAGUGACGUUCAGACGUCCAUCUGGUCAAGCAUCAGUGCCUGGGACAUCUGGCUCUACAAGAUCAUCGUCCAAUGCGCCGUCGUCUUGCUGCUGGGUGUCUUCGGCAUCUUCGGCAACAUCAUCACCAUCAUCAUCUUGUCUAAACACGGACUCAACAAGACGACCAACAUCUUUCUCCUCUCGUUGUCAUUCUGCGAUUGUUUAAAUUCAACGUUGAGUUUUAUUAAAUCGAUGAAAUACAUAAUUUCUCUUGUUGGCCCGCUAGUCGAGUAUUAUUAUACAAUAGUUGAAGCUUUAGCCUUUCAGGCGUCAGAUAUAUCCACCAUGUUAAGCAUCCUUCACGUCACUGCCAUCUCCAUUGAAAGAAUGGUCGCCGUGUCGUUCCCAUUUCAGGUGUCAAAAAUUUUCACAGCUUUUCGAGUUCGCUGGGUGCUUGUGUUUUUAUACGUGUACACGUUUGCUUCCUACAUUCCAGCGUUCUGUUUCCAAUCCCUGUCUUAUAAAUUCAGCGCUAAAUUCAAUUCAACUGUUCUAAAAUGGACGUACUCUGAUGUCAUGUUAAGUCACGGACAAGACUUCCGGAUUUAUUUAGCCAUCUACCUCGUCACGGCUCUCAUCGUUUUUCCCCUAACCGUCACCAUCAUCAGCACUUUCAUCAUCAUCCUCCACGUACAGUUCCUCAAGUCUAAAACGUUAUCCAAGAAAGCGUCCACGAAAAUCAAAGACAGAAAGAUCGUCCGGAUGUUGCUGGUGCACUGUUUCCUGGCGAUGCUGGUGUUCAUUCCAAGUUCCAUCAUAGACAUGUGUGGGCUGUACUUUGACUUAACCAACACCCUCUACCUGUACCAAUUGCUGACCUACAUCACCCCGGCACUGUACCAGCUGAACGCCUCAAUCAACUUUGUCAUCUACAUCACCAUGAGCUCCAAGUUCGCCAAUACGUACAGGUCACUGUUUAAACUAUCAGAGAAACAUUCCAAACUUUUAUAA